UUUCUCGAUCGAUAGUUUUUCCUCUCUCUACUAUUUAAUUUUUCGUUCCUCUUCCUCCUUUGCAUUGAUACACACUUAACUCUUCUCGGCCACUCUGCCCUUCCCUCCAAGUAAGAUGGCUUCAACCUCAAACCAACAACAACAGUCAAGAAACACCAGACCCAACAGACGGUCAACAAGGAACCAAACCCAACCAACAACAACAACUACUGCAACGACGACCGGAGCGACAAUAACAGCGCCACCUACUCCAUCGAGGAAACAGAACCAUACCACUCCAUACCACCAACUACCCAUCCAUCAACAGCCCAUCGUACAUCUCUCUCCAACCAAACCACCUCCCCUUCUCACUGGUUUUCAAAGACUAAGCCUGAUACUCGAUGGAAAACCACACUACCUCGAACAACCUGGCCCACAGAACCGGAUUCUACUCUCGAUCAAAUCCACAAUCCCAGAGGAUACCGACUACGCACUCGAAGUACUGAUAGCAGGCUCAUUCUAUGAACCCGAUCUGAUUCCCCUCCCCCGAUUCCCCGGGCUGAUCGACGCCCUACUCGACCUCAUCGAGCUCUACAACACACCGGGAAUGUUCGAGGACCCGUUCCAAACAGCCGUCCGAAGACGCGCCCUCGAAGCCACUCUGGUCGUCCGAAACUUGCUCUCUCUUGACUCUAACCUAUCCAGUAUCGCCUCAAAUCAUCCCCGAUUGCUACCACUGAUCCUCAAGGGUUUCCGUGAUGCUCAGUCAGACUCUGACCACGAAUUCCUCGCCCUCCUCCUCGACAUUCUGGACAGUCUGGCCGCACAUAACCUCGUACGACUCGACCAGCCCCUCCUUCGUCCCCUCCAUCCACCCCAGAACAUCCACCAUUCUUUCCGGCCCUCCCAGCCUCCUGAAACGCGUCGUGACGAAGACCAGAUCUCGCCCGAUUGGCAAACCGAGCUAAUCGCCCAACUCGACCAACUCACACAGUCCUGCGAUCGCGCCCUCGUUAUUGCUGCUUAUCGAUGCUUCACGGCCAUCGGUUCAUUGACGGCCAAUCAGACGGUUCUCACCGCCGAACUCUACCGCACAGAUCCCGCGCGAUCGGACCCAACCCCAUGGCCCAAAGCGAUCGAACGCGCGCUGAUCCUGUUGGCUCUACCGGACGUGGAAAUGUUGAUGGUGGUGCUUGAUUACCUGUACACACUCACCUCGACCAGCGCGAUCGGUCUAUCGAUAUUCUGUCUGCACCCGGAUAUCCUUGCGAUCAUCAAGUUGCUGUUAGUUCAUGUCCAUCACAACAGUCGACUGGAAAGGCUGCCGGCGGAACAGCUGUCGGUACCGGAGCAGAAAUGGUACUUCCAACGGGCGCCAUGUCCGGAGCCUAUCCCGGAAGAAGUGGUUCUCUCGGUCUAUGGAAACAACCUCAACAAGAGUCCGGGAGUCAGGGCGGCGCCGCAGACGUUGACGAUGUCAGAGGUCCAUCAGAUCUUACUACCUGAGACCCAACUGAAGGAUAUCGUGAACCUCACCGAGCCUAAUCGGGCGCGACAAUGGAUGUCCCGGGUCUUCGAGCCGUUUCCGGGCGGCGAAGUCCAACAGGUCACCCUCUGGCUCGCGUACAAAACUCAGUUCGAAGCCUUCCAAAACCCUUCCCACUUCGGCCAAGGCGUCCAAAUGAUCGCCCCCGCUGAGGCUAUCAAGCUCACCUCCGACGUCUUCCCUAAUGCUCUCCCGAGCGUCACUGAACAUAAAUCAGGCGAGAAAAAAUUUGUCAUCUCCGGGAUGAGAGUCCGAGCGAAAAAACAUGCUAAGAUAUGGAAGUGUCAUUGGAAAGAAUGUGCGAAGAAUGCAACAGAAGAGGAGAGUGAAGAGAUCGGACGCGGGGGGCCAGAAGUCCUAUACCGGCACGUGGAGAAGACGCAUAUUACGGGCCGGGCGAGCAAAUGUUAUUGGCAGGGCUGUGGGUACCAGGGGGCGAACCGAGCCGCGCUUUUGCUGCACGUGCGGACGCAUCUGCAAUAUGUGCCGAUGCCGGGGCCGGGCCGGGGAGGCGGGGCACGGGCGGGGAAGCCGGAGCCGACGCCGGAGGGUCUGCCGUUCCGGAGCUAUGUCCACGAGCGCUGGGAGCCGCCGAACUCGGGGUUGUACAAUUUGCAUGACCAUGCUCUCAUGGGAGCGGGAGGCGGAGGUGCCGUCGGCAUCGGCUUCGUCGCCCUCCUCGUCCUCCGAAACCUCCUCUCCCCUCUCGCCGACGCGCUCGCUGAGCUCGUCAAAGCUUCCGACAAUCUCUCCGGCCUCGCGAUCCCUACCCCCUCCUCCUCCGAUUCCCUACUCGACCAUCAUACCCCGCAGGAAUGGAGAAUCAUUGACGUCUUACAUGAUCUCCUUCCGCCGCCUGCUUCCACUGAUCCCAUCGACUCUUCUCAUCCCGGCCCCUCCAAAACAUCAACCCGUCUGAUUCAAUUGGCUAGACUCAUCUCCGGUACUAUUCCCCCCUCUUCUGAUCUAGAGAUGCCUGAUACUACUCCUACUACGUCCGAUGGUGACAGUCAAAAGAUACCCAUCGGUAUCGUCGAAAAAGAGACCCGAAUCUUGCUCGCCAAUGGCCCCCAUUUCCUCUCUAUUGCUUCUGAUAUCCUUCAUCGGCUCUCUUCUCUCAAUUCAUCUUUACUCUUGCUCGAUCGAUCGUUUGAAUCUUCUUCUUACUUCUGAUUCUUCUUUGUAUCUUAUCAUCUCUCUCUCUCUCUCUGUCAUCCUCAUCUUUUUUUUUAUCCCUUCUUUCUUCACAAAGAAGAAAAUAAGAAUGAAAAUUCUUCAUAUGCUUUUUUUUGGUUUUGGUAUUGAUGAAUAAUACAUUAGUAAUCAUACGUUUUCACACCAUUAAUAUGACUGCAAAAUAGUUUGCUCCUACAUGGAUCCAAAUAAACCAAGAUAAUGUAUACAUACAGAAUCACA